AGGACCCCGGUGAUGACUAAUUCAAGGGCCACGGACGGUUUCGCUAGCCAAACAGGAAAACAUUAGGAGCUUUUGUUCUAAGGUGGACAAACUGUAGAAAAAUGCCAAAAGUUAAGAGAAGUCGUAAGCCACCCCCAGACGGGUGGGAACUCAUUGAACCUACUUUGGAUGAGCUUGAUCAGAAAAUGAGGGAAGCCGAAACGGAACCUCAUGAGGGAAAGAGGAAAGUGGAAGCUCUUUGGCCAAUUUUCAGACUGCACCAUCAGCGCAGUCGAUACAUUUACGACCUCUUCUUCAAAAGAAAAGCCAUCAGCAGGGAGCUGUAUGAGUACUGCAUAAAGGAAGGCUACGCUGACAAGAACCUGAUUGCCAAGUGGAAAAAGCAAGGCUAUGAGAACCUCUGCUGCCUCCGUUGCAUCCAAACGCGAGACACCAACUUUGGGACUAACUGUAUUUGCAGAGUUCCAAAGAGCAAGCUCGAAGUUGGAAGGAUCAUUGAAUGCACCCACUGUGGAUGCAGAGGAUGUUCUGGUUAAGUAUAGGACAUAAAAACCUGCCCAGCCUCCAUCUUUGCUGACAUGGAUCUUACCACCUGCUUCAGAAAUUAUUCCUUACUUUUGUCAGCAUCAUUCCCUGUCAUUCGUAGGCUCAGAAGUACACUGAGUGGGGCCUUCCUGUAUUAAUUACAGCUGUUUUCUGUCUGUUUUACUGUCUGAAAGAUUUAUCUUCAGUACCUCUCAGGAGGACAUUUUGUUGCGGUCUCCUGUUUAAGGUGUGUUUUGUUUCAUUCAUAACGGGGGCUGAGUGUGAUUUAGUUUUUAAAAACUCUUUUGUUGUCAUAAUUUGAAUAAAACAAUUCUGAUU